AUGGAUCCAAGUAGUACGACAACAUAUAAUGGAAAUAAUAAUAACGGAAUUAUUCCAACCAGUCCUGAUGUUGUUCUUAGUCCAAAACGUCAAGAAAGUCUUUCCGAUUCACUUUUGGAUACAUCAGAAAUGAAUGAUGAAACUGAUAUUGAAACAAUGCGUCAACGUAUACAUGAAAUGGAAGAAGAAGCAGAAAAAUUAAAACAAAUGCAAUUUGAAGUUGAAAAACAAAUGCAAAUACCUGGUGCAACAGGAACAUCACAAUUUCCAACGAUUGAAGAAAAAAUGGAAGCAGAUCAAAAAUCAGUUUAUGUUGGAAAUGUUGACUAUUCAGCUACAGCACAAGAACUUGAAAAUCAUUUUCAUGGCUGUGGAUCAAUUCAUCGUGUAACUAUUUUAUGCGAUAAAUUUACUGGACAACCGAAAGGUUUUGCUUAUGUUGAAUUUGCUGAUAAAGAUUCUGUACAAACGGCUCUUGCACUUGACGAUUCAUUAUUCAAAGGACGACAAAUCAAAGUUAUUGAAAAACGAACAAAUCGUCCAGGUGUUUCAACAACUGAUAGACCACCUCGUGGUGCAUUGCGUGGCUUUGGACGUGGUCGAUUUCCACGUGGCGCAGCAGCCUAUAUGCCUUAUGUACCUGCAGCUUAUCGAGGUCGAUUUGCCCGACCUAUGUUUCGUGCUCGUGGUCGCUCAAGUUAUUUCUAUUCACCUUAUUAA